CUGAAAAAGAGGCGAUGUCGGGCGAGAAGGACAGGAUGUUGGACGAGAAGGACAAGAUGACGACGGAGCGCCUGGUUGCCUACCGGCGGAAGCGAUCCGAGCGGAAAAGGAAGAAGGCGACGGCGGCGGCGGCGGAGAAGCAGAGAAUCGCCGCCGAAGAGCGCCGGGCGCCGCGGCUAGUGGCGCCCGACGGCGGCUGGGGCUGGGUCGUCGUGCUCGGCGUCAGUGUCGUCAACCUGGCGACACGCUCCAUCGAGCCGUCCUUCGGGCUGCUGUUCGGCGACGAGCUGCGGGAGCUGGGCGUCGAGACGACCGGCGCCUCCGUCAUCAUGAGCGCCUACGACGCCACCAUCAACUUCUCCGGCCUGUUCGUGGGCCCGCUGAUCAAGAUCUACUCGUACCGCAAGGUGGCGCUCGUGGGCUGCGUGCUGAGCGCCGUGGGGCUCAUCCUGACCGCACCCGCCAACAGCAUGGCGCACAUCCUCGCCACCUACUCCAUCGUGGGAGGACUGGGCGUGGGCUUCGCGUGGUCGUCGACGUUCGUGUCGCUCAACUACUACUUCAGCAAGUACCGCGGGCAGGCGAUCGGGCUGUCAAUGGCGGGCACUGCGGUGGGCAUGAUGCUGAUGCCGCAGGCGGUGCAGCUGCUGCUGGCCGAGUUCCAGUUCCGCGGGGCCGUGCUGGUGCUGGGCGGCAUCGCGCUGCACUCGGUGGCCGGCGCCGCCCUGCUGCACGAUGUAACUGUUGCGCAGGUCCCGCAGGACAAGAAGAAGGAGGAGGUGCAGACGGCGCUGCUUUCGGCGCCCAAGAUCGAGGUGACGUCGGAGGCGGACGAGAAGCUGGCGCGUGCCGUGGCGGCGGUCGUGGCUGCCGGGGGCACGGUGAGGCCGCGCUCGCAGAUGCCGCGCAUCACCUCGCUCACCAACAUGGAGGCGGCGCGCAAGCGCAAGGCCUCCAUCAUCUCCAACAUCUCCAGCAUGGACUUCCACGGCAGCUCCCUGCACAUACACACGCCACGACAUCGCCCGCUUUCCUCUGUGCCUCUUGAAAGUGAAGAUGAAGAUGAAGAUGAUUAUAUUACUUUUAAGCCCAAAGUUGAAACUCAAAAAAAUGAACAGAAUGAUAUAAACAAGAAUAUAAAGGAAGCAACAAAACCCAAAGUGAUCAAGGCAACUAAGAAGAGAAGUUACUGGAGGAGAGUUAUAAAUUUUAUGGACUUAGAUCUUCUAAAAGAUCCAAUAUUCCUGAACAUUUUGUUUGGAUUGUCUAUAUUUUAUGUGGCUGAACUGAACUUCAAAAUGAUUGUGCCAUUUUUCCUUGCAAAUCUUGGAUAUUCCAAAUCAGAUACAGCAUUCUAUUUAUCAAUGACAGCUGUGGCAGAUAUAUUUGCACGUGUGGUUCUCCCACCAAUAUGUGACCGGAUUAAAGUACAGAGACGAAGUGUCUUUAUGAUUGCAACUGUUUUCCUUGGACUUGCAAGGUCUGCACUAGCAGAGCAAACAGAGUACGCUCCUUUAAUGGUGGCACUAGUAAUGAAUGGAUUUCUGCGAGGGGCAGCUCUCAUCAACUUCAACUUGACUAUUUCAGAGUAUUGCAGCCUGGAGAAAUUACCAGCAGGUUUUGGUCUUCAUAUGGUUGGAAAAGGAAUAUUUAUUGUUGCUCUUGGUCCAGUUCUGGGUGUUAUUCGAGAUGCAACAGGAAGCUAUCCACUGUGUAUACAUGCGCAAACAGUCUGUGUCUUCCUGUGCAUAAUUGCUUGGGGGAUUGAAUAUAUAGUUGUAUAUCUUCAUUCGAGAACCAAGAAAAAUGAAGAGCCUCAGGUAGCAGAAACGUAACAUAUGAAGGAAAUGUUGCACAAACCAAAAGAGCCUUAGUUGCUCUCAAUUUGCAAUAGUAAAAUAUUUCUCAAAUUGGCAAGGUUUAUUGAAAAUCUUGUGAGAAAUGUAGAUGAGAUGAAGAAAUCUGAUGGCAGGACAAUGUAUGUAAGAUUUAUUUGCAGUAGUGAAAGAUAUGAGGUCAGAUGAUGUUAUAAGAAAGAAAGCUGAAAAAGCACUGAGAAAAGCUUGACAGCAUUGGUCUAAAUGUGUUCCUACCAGACUGUAUAUCUUUCAGUAGGUGAAAAUGAUUUGUUUUAUUUAAAAGGUGUUAAAUGAGUUUACAUUUUAAUUCAUGAAUGUAAUUUGAGACAAGAGUGAUAUGUAUUUUAAAGUGGAAGUGAAUGGUUGGGCUAAGAUUUCUUGUGAGAUGAAUGACUUCCAUACUGAUGAGAGGAUGAUAUUUCAGUAUUCCUUGAUGUAAUGAAAGUACAAUUACUGUGAAGACUGUUAUUAGGCAUUUUAAAGACAAUAGAGGUGAUUGUUUGUGGAAUUAUCUCAUACAAGAGAUGUCUUCAUGUGUUGAUGUGUUGUGAUAAUCCUAUGAGCUAUUAUGUUCAUAAUACUUGUUCAUUUUUACUUCUGCUGUUGUUUAUACAAAACUCAGUUAUAAUGAAAUUGUAUGUACUCAGUUUUAACAUAAGAAGGUUGACUCCAGAAAAUUAUUUACGCCAAAAUCUACUUCCAGUUUCCAGAAUUUUGGUUUUAAUCAUUUUACUGCUCAACAGUGAAGCUUCUAUCAUAUGAUGGUUGAUUGCUUUGAGAAGUCAUAUUAUUAGCUUUUGAAACUGUUUAUGAACUCCAUGCCUGUCAUGGUGGCACUGAACAAAGUAACAGCUGUAUUUUUUACUCUAUAAUAAUGAAAUAUUUUAUGUACUUAUUUUUUUAUGCUCAACUCUCAGGAUUUAAGUGCAUUGUCACAAAACUUGUAUGAAUGUGUAACAUAAUUAAUUGUGUGAUAUAAGAGAUGUUAAGACCAAACUUUCACAGAUUUAACUACGGUUGCAAACUGUCAUGUUCCAUUUUAUGAACACUGUUAUAGCUCUUUUUAAUAAAUUAAACUGUUGCUAUUCUUGAGAAUGGUAUACAGGCACAAUUUACAUGUGGUGAACUGAAGACAUUGGUGAAGGAAGGAUGAUCAUUAUUGGAGUACUUAUAAAAAUAUUUUUCAAUGAAAUAUUUUUGUAAUCAUAUAUGCAACUGAUUGCAUUACGUUAAUGUUUUAUAAAAUGCAACAAAUAAAAUAAACUGGAUGUAAAAUGCAGGAUCAAAUACCUAAAAAUCUUAUUUAACAUUCCACACUUUGGUUCACAAGUAUAGCCUUUUUUGUAAAUGUGUUAUUUAUAGCUGACAAGAAAAAAAUAACUGGUUAGUAAAAUUUUAGAAGUAAAUGUUUGAUUCAUAAAUGUUUUGUGCAAUUAAUUACAACA